GCCAGGCCGGUGGCGCGGUUUUGGGACCGCGCUGGGCGAACGUGAAUAAUUUUAAGGCGAAACCGUCCACUGCCUUCGGGAGGCGGGAGUAUUUGUCAGGAUGUGUGAACAGGGCCUGGAGAUGGCCUCCAUCUUGCCGGCUCUGCGGGAGCUGGAGAGUGCUCGUCCAGAAGAUUACAACAUUGUGGUGCAGAAGCCAAGACAAAUUCUUUGUCAGUUUGUUGACAAAAUGCUCACAGAUGUAGAUGUUGUUGCUUUAGAGCUUUCGAAGAAGACUGAUUCUCAGCCAACAUGUGUGAUGUUGUUGGAUUUUAUCCAACACAUUAUGAAGUCCUUUCCUCUUAUGUUUGUAAACAUACCACGAAAGCCAACAAAAGAAAUUCAGCAACUCAGUAGUGAUGAUGAGUGCAGUUGUAUUGGUUUCAGUAACUGGAUUAUAACCAGGCUUCUUCGGAUUGCUGCAGCCCAAAACUGUCAAGUGCUUCAUGACCGUGUUGCAAAAAUUAUACUAUCUUUGCUUUGGCUGUUCAAAAGCAAGAAUCCCUUUAUAUUUGGAACACAAACCAAGGAAUUGUUGGGCCUCUUUCAGGAUUUGAUCUGUCUGAGGGAGAAGAACCUGAUGAUGUACAAUAAGCAGAGUUCAUUCUUCCAGCCAUUCAUAGUUAAUCGUUUUGUUGUGGCAGAGAGAGAAGAUGCAGGAUAUUUGACCCCUGCACCUCUUCAAUUGUCCUAUGUACUUCAAGUAGAAUCGUUGGAGGUCAUAUUACUCAGAAUACUUUCUUCUGUUCUCUCGAGUGUGUUUUGCAGAAGACAGAGACUUGUCUUGUGGGAAAUAGGAUGCUCUCUUUUAGAACAUGGCAGUCCCAAGAUUAAGGGCAUUGUGUUGGCCUUGUUGACAAAGUUGAUAAACCUUGGAGGACCACCCCCAGAAGAAUUGGCGGAUAUGUUCUUUAUGAGUUUUUUUGGUUUCUUGAAAUGGCUUAAAGAGGCUGACAGAGCAGAAUUAGAAUUGUAUGAAGAGCCAUUUGCGUGUUUGGUCAGAGCACUCUUUCCUGUCACUGAUGAGCAUCAUGCAAGCACAUUCAUGAUAGAACCCAUUUACCUUAAUAUGUUGAUGGAGAAACUGAGUGUCUUUAUGGGAGAUGGACUGUUGAGACUCAUUAAUUCUGAUAAAUUGAGAUCAGCUCUAUGUCAAAUAUUUCAGCACUUUUUGAUGUUAGCUCCAUCAGGACUAGCGUGUGCUGCACCAAUACAGAAAAACCGCAUACAUUUAAUAUGCACAGCUUUAAUUGAAAUGUUAGGAACUGAACCCAAGCAGGAGUACUUGUUAAGUUGCUUGUAUAUUGCAAUGAGAGCAGAAGGGAUGGCUGUUAUCCAGGAAAUGCAUAAUCAGAACCAAGAACAAGUUCCCGAAACAGAUGGAGAGAGUAGCAGCGAUGAAGUUCCUGAGAAAAGGCCGCGUUUGAGUUUUACUGCACAGUGCAUGCAGAAAGCAUUCAAACCAGCUGAAUCUGGUCCAGUGGAAAUGAAAUUCAAGAGCAAAUUAUGGAGGGCAAUGUGCAAAAGAUUAAUGUCAUUGAUCAGUUUGCUGGAGAAGGUUGAGUCACAUGAGAAGGCUGUAAUUGUGUUGGAGGGUAUUGUAGUUAUAUUUCGUUUGGCUGCUCUAUGUACGGCAUUCUGUGACCAAGGAGUUUCAGAUAGUCCUGACAGAAGCAAAGUAAAUGAUGCCGCCACCAGUGGGAAGAUGCAGUGUUCCACAGGAAAUUCAUCAAUGAAAAUACAUCAGAUUUGGAUAAAUUUUGAGAUGUUUACUCAGGUCCUGGAGUAUGGAAGAAAACAACUGAUCAUUAGUUCCAAAGAUGAAGAAUUAGGACCAUUAAUCAACAGAUUAAUAAAAGUAAUUGAUGCUGCAAUCUACCUGCAAGCUGUCCAAGGUCAGGUGAACAAAGAUGCACUUCAAACACUUUGUGACUUUUUGUCAUUACCAUGGAUUCACAACUACAGUACCGAUGCAGCUUUCAAAUCUGUUGACUUCAGUCCUGAGCUGGUAACCCUAAGUCAGCAUUUGUCAAACAGUUUCUCACACCAGAACCAAGCAAAAUGUGUGUACCUGCUUUCUCUGCUACCUGAGAUAUGUCCUGAAUGGAGAACAGCAAUACACAGAUGGUCUUUGCAGAGUUCCAGUGACGUCACCUGUGCAGGUUCUGUGCGGGGGUUUCCCAUACUCCUGCAUUAUCUUGGUGUUAAGUCACACUCUCUCAUUGAGGAGCUUCUCUUAAACAAGCUACAAGAUGAUUCCAAUUCGGUACAUGAAGAAUUAGCCAAUAAUGUUGGAAAGUUAGUCUGUGUGCUUUCAAGCAAAUCUGAAUUGUUGCUUCCCACCAAUGACUUGCCACUUAUAAAUGCAAAUUGUGAUCUCCUGUGUAAUAAUAUCACUGUACGAAGUGAAUGUGCAACUGCUGGACCGACAGUUGGACCUUCUGUUCUUAUUCCAUUCCUUGUGCUGAUUCAAAAGUCAAUGCCUGCUUCAAUAAAAUGUGCUUUCAUAAACAACAUCCCCUAUCUGUGUAAACAUGUGAACUUGGCGAAAACUGAUUCGGAUACUAAAACCGUUUAUGGUGCAGUGCUGAACCUCAUGGAAGAUCCAGAUAAAACUGUCAGAAUCGCAUUUAGUGAAAAAAUACAUCAUUUGUUAGAUUCUCAAGAAGGUGAAGAACAAAGUUUACUUAAAGAGCUGCUUGUAUCUAAGUUGAAGGAGGCAUACACAAAUGCUAAGAUUUCAAGAAAUAAUGAGCUAAAAGAUACACUUAUUAUUACGACAAGAGAAAUUGGACGAGCUGCCAGAGGAGACCUGGUUCCAUUGGCUCUUUUGCACCUGUGCCAUUGUUUGCUGUCCAAGUUCACAUAUGUUGCAGGUGCUGCUUAUACAGAGAUCAGAGCACUAGCUGCAGCCAAAGGUAUGAAGCUGCAAGCUUUCUUCAGCCAGUACAAGAAGCCCAUAUGCCAGUUUUUGGUGGAGUCAUUACAUACAAGGCACCUGGCAGCCUGUACUAGUAUUGAGGGUCAGAGCAAAGAACAGUGUCAGCGAGAGGCAGAUCAUCAGCGGCAGAUUACACUUGACAUCUUAUCUGAAGUAGCUCAAGUGUUCGAUUUUCCAGACUUGAAUCGUUUUCUCACUCGCACGUUGCAAUCCCUGUUGCCAUACCUGGCUGCAAAGGCUAGUACUACGUCUUCAUUGCUGAUACGGACCAUUGCAAAGCAAUUGAAUGUCAAUCGCCGAGAGAUAUUGAUCAACAACUUUAAAUAUAUCUUUUCUCACCUUGUUUGUUCUUGCUCAAAGGAUGAACUUGAGCGUGGCCUCCAUUAUCUCCAGAAUGAAACAGAGCUCGAACUGGGCAGCCUUCUCAGACAAGAUUUCCAAGGGUUACAUAAUGAACUACUGUUGCGUAUUGGAGAGCACUAUCAGCAGGUUUUCAAUGGACUGGCCAUACUGGCCGCUUCUGCUUCGAGAAAUGAUCAGUGCCAAGCACCCAGAGACAUUACUUCAGCAGAGUUAAUGGCAGACUACUUGCAGCCAAAAUUGUUGGGGAUUUUGGCCUUUUUUAAUAUGCAUCUGCUGAGUUCCAGUGUUGGAAUGAAUGAUAAAAUGAUGGCCAUGAACAGUUUAAUGUCGUUAAUGAAAUUGAUGGGACCAAAACACAUAAGUUCCGUCCGGGUAAAGAUGAUGACCACUCUGAGGACAGGCCUACGAUAUAGAGAUGAAUUUCCUCAAUUAUGCUGCAGAGCUUGGGAUUGCUUUGUACGAUGCUUAGAUCCCAGUUAUCUGGGGGCCCUUCUCAGUCAAGUAAUUGUGGCUUUGCUGCCUUUGAUGUCCAUUCAGCCAAAGGAGACGGCUGGAAUAUUUCGCUAUCUUAUUGUGGAGAACAGAGCUGAAGUAAAAGAUUUUCUCCAUGAGAUUUACUUUUUGCCAGAACAUCCUGAUUUUACUGAGAUCCAGAAGGUUCUGCAAGAUUAUAGAAAGGAGACUUCUAAAAGCACAGACUUACAAACUGAACUGCAGCUUUCUAUGCGUGCUGUUCAGCAUGAGAAUGUGGAUGUUCGUAUACAUGCACUGACCAGUUUAAAGGAUACUUUGUUCAAGAAACAGGACCAAUUGGUAAAACUUGCUACAGACAGUGAGACUGUAGAGCCUGUUAUCUCUCAGUUGGUGAUGGUGCUUCUGAAGGGCUGCCAAGAUGCAAAUGCACAAGCUCGACUUUUGUGUGGAGAGUGUCUCGGUGAGGUGGGAGCAAUUGACCCUGGCCGAUUGGACCUCAUGACCAGUAACACAGAGGGAAAAAGCUCCACGUUCGUGGCUGGUGUGGAGGACCCGAAUUUUGCCCAUCACCUGCUGAUUGAGUUAACAAGAGCUUUCCUUGCCUACGCAGAUAAUGUUCGAGCUCAGGACUCAGCUGCUUAUGCCAUUCAGGAGCUGCUACAAAUAUAUAAAUGUAAGGAAGGGAAAACUGAUUGCCCUGGACGCAGGCUGUGGAGGAGCUUUCCAGAACAUGUUCAAGAAAUCUUGGAGCCUCAUUUAAAUACCAGGUAUAAAAGCUCCCCGAAGACUUGCAAUUGGGUCAACAUUAAGAAGCCAUUUUAUCUUGGUAAGCAUGACAGAAAUUUUGCAGAGUGGUCAGCAACAUGGGCAGGAUACCUGACAACCAAGGUUCGAAGUGAGCUAGCCAGAAAAGUUUUUGACUGUUGCAGCUUUAUUACGAAACAUGAUUUUAAAGUGACAAUCUACCUGCUACCUCAUAUCCUAGUCUACGUUUUGCUUGGGUGUAAUGAAGAGGAUCAACGUGAAGUUUAUUCAGAAAUGAUGGCUGUCCUAAAGAAUGAUGAGACUUUAGAUAGGACUUUGCAGGACAGUGCAUCAGAUUUGAGUCAGUUGAGUACACAGACUGUUUUCUCGAUGUUGGAUCAUCUUGCCCAGUGGUCCAGGCAUAAAUUACAGGCUCUUAGUUCUGAGAAAAGUGGGAGCAGAUCCAGUAAAGACAGAGGGGGUCCUAAUGUUUCAAGCUCAGAGUACAAAGAGUACCAAAAUGUCACCUCUUUUCUGGAACUCAUACCCCAGGAUGCUCUUGCUGUUGCUUCAUUUCGAUCCAAGGCUUAUACUCGAGCAGUGAUGCACUUUGAAUCCUUCAUCACAGAAAAGAAAGAGAACAUUCAGCAGCAUCUUGGAUUUUUACAGAAGCUAUAUGCAGCAAUGCAUGAGCCAGAUGGUGUAGCUGGAGUAAGUGCAAUCCGUAAAGGAGAGCGAUCUCUCAGGGAACAGAUUUUAGAACAUGAGAGCAGUGGACUGUUGAGAGAUGCUACAGCAUGUUACGACAGGGCUAUUCAAUUGGAACCUGAUGAGAUUAUUCAUUAUCAUGGACUGAUGAAAUCUAUGCUUGGACUUGGCCAGUUGUCCACAGUAAUCACUCAGGUUAAUGGAGUGCUUGCAAGCAGGCCUGAGUGGACCUCUGAAUUAAACACAUACAGAGUAGAGGCAGCAUGGAAACUCACUCAUUGGGACUUGCUGCAGAAUUAUGUGGCUGCAGAGGGGAAAUCUUCUUCUUGGAGUGUGAGACUUGGACAAUUGUUGCUUGUCGCUAAGCAGAGCAGUGCAGAGGGUUUUUACCAACAGGUGCAGGUUACUCGAGCAGAACAGAUUGUGCCCCUAUCUGCUGCAAGUUUUGAACGAGGGUCUUAUCAACGAGGUUAUGAGCACAUCGUCAGAUUACAUAUGUUGUGUGAGCUGGAGCACAGUGUCAGAGGAUUGCUUCACUGGGAAUCUGGGAAACAUCAAAAAGAACACGAACAUCCUCUCAACUGGCAGGCUCGGCUUGAAAUGACUCAAAAUUCCUUUAGGGCUAAGGAGCCCGUCUUGGCGCUACGCAGAGCAUUGCUCCAUGUCAAUAAAAUGACAGACUACAGUGAACUGGUUGGAGAAUGUUGGCUGCAAAGUGCCAGAGUUGCCAGGAAAGCAGGCCAUCACCAAACUGCAUACAAUGCUCUCUUAAAUGCAGGAGAAUCCAAAUUACCUGAGCUUUACAUAGAAAGAGCAAAGUGGCUUUGGUCCAAGGGGGAUGUUCACCAAGCUUUGAUAGUCCUGCAGAAAGGUGUAGAGUUGUGUUUUGGAGAUACUGAGACAGAAAUGAGUGAUGAUAAAAGCUGUUUAAUAAAGGGGAAAGCUGUGCUGUUGGUUGGACGUUUUAUGGAAGAAACAGCUAACUUUGAAAGCAAUGCAGUUAUGAAAAAAUAUAAGGAAGUAACCACUUUGUUACCAGAUUGGGAAGAUGGACAUUUUUACUUGGCAAAGUAUUAUGACAAAUUGAUGCCCAUGGUUACUGACAACAAGAUAGAGAAGCAGGGAGAUUUGAUUCGCUACAUCGUCCUUCAUUUUGGCACUUCACUGCGGUUUGGAAAUCAGUUCAUCUACCAGUCAAUGCCUAGAAUGUUAUCACUGUGGCUCGAUUAUGGAGCAAAAGCCUACGAGUUGGAGAAAGCACCUGGACGCACGGCUGAUCGUAUUGCCAUGAGAACAGAUCUUGAAAAGAUUAACAAGGUGAUAGAGGAUCACACGAACCACCUGGCUCCCUACCAGUUUCUCACUGCAUUUUCACAGCUGAUUUCACGAAUAUGCCAUUUUCAUGAUGAUGUGUUUGCUCAUCUGAAGGGCAUUAUCGUCAAGGUUUUCCUGGCUUAUCCUCAGCAGGCUAUGUGGAUGAUGACAGCUGUUUGCAAGUCAUCUUAUGCGACACGAGUUACCAGGUGCAAGGAAAUUCUUCAGAAGGCCAUUAAUGAUAAGAGCAGUUUUGGCAAGUUUAUAGGAGAUGCUACUCGUCUCACCGAAAAGUUACUGGAAUUGUGCAACAAAUCGGUGGAUGGAAAUACCACAACAUUAAGCAUGAGCGUUCACUUCAAAAUGCUAAAACGACUGGUAGAAGAGCCUGCUUUCAGUGAAAUCCUCAUUCCUUUACAAUCAGUGAUGACUCCCACUCUGCCAUCAACUGCAGGCACUCAUGCAAACCAUGACCCUUUCCCUGGUCACUGGGCCUACAUUGCUGGUUUUGAUGACAUGGUGGAGAUCCUAGCCUCUCUUCAGAAGCCAAAGAAAAUCAAUCUUAAGGGUUCUGAUGGAAAAUCAUACAUUAUGAUGUGUAAACCCAAAGAUGAUCUCAGGAAGGAUUGUCGCCUCAUGGAAUUUAACUCGCUAAUUAAUAAGUGCUUACGAAAAGAUGCAGAAUCUCGCAGGAGAGAACUUCACAUCAGGACGUAUGCAGUCAUUCCUCUGAAUGAGGAAUGUGGUCUAGUUGAGUGGGUUAAUAAAACCGCUGGAUUAAGACAUAUUCUGAAUAAGUUGUACAAAGAAAAAGGUGUUUACAUGAUCGGGAAAGAACUGCGUCAGUGCAUGCUGCCAAAGCAAGCGCCUUUGGAGGAGAAAUUAUCUGUAUUUAAGCAGCAGCUUCUGCCCCGUCACCCAGCUGUCUUUCAUGAAUGGUUCCUUAGGACUUUCCCUGAUCCAACUUCAUGGUACAGCAGUAGAUCAGCUUACUGCCGUUCAGUUGCUGUAAUGUCGAUGGUUGGCUAUAUUCUGGGUCUAGGUGAUCGCCAUGGAGAAAACAUUCUGUUUGAUUCUUUAACAGGAGAAUGUGUUCAUGUGGACUUCAACUGUCUUUUUAAUAAGGGGGAGACCUUUGAUGUUCCAGAAGUUGUCCCUUUUCGUCUAACCCACAAUAUGGUCCAUGCCAUGGGCCCUAUGGGGACAGAAGGUUUGUUCCGCCGAGCCUGUGAAGUGACUUUGAGGUUAAUGCGUGAUCAACGAGAACCUUUAAUGAGUGUUCUGAAAACUUUUCUGCAUGACCCACUGGUGGAAUGGAGUAAGCCAGUAAAAGGAAGUACAAAAGUACAACCCAAUGAAACUGGGGAGGUAAUCAAUGAAAAGGCCAAGACCCAUGUUCAAGACAUAGAAAAACGGCUACAUGGAGUGAUUAAGACGAGAAAUAAGGUGAAGGGUUUGCCCUUAUCAAUUGAAGGUCAUGUUCACUACCUUAUUCAAGAAGCAACAAAUAUAAAUCUCCUGUGUCAAAUGUAUCUGGGCUGGGCUCCAUACAUGUGAUAGCAUUCACAAAAACUGCAACUUGGGUGUCAGGAUGAAGCAAGGGUAUUGAUUUGACAUCCUUUAUCCCCAGCAUUAAAUCACCCACCACCAGUUGCUGACCUUUCAGGAAGCUACAUUUAAAUCACUGCAGUAUGCCUUUGCAGUGAUUUUCUUUCAGCAACUUAUUUCAGGAAAAGAACAAUAUAUUCUAGGCAAAUAGUUUACAUGAUGAAGCCCGAGGAUAUGGAAUUCUCCUUCAGUUCCAGAAGCCAUCAUAAACAACAAACAGAUUUUCUUUGACUGUCUUCUGCUGAUUGCAUGACAAAGCUGAACAACUUGAAAUUUAUGGAUAUCCCAGAGACUGAGCAAGAAAGGAGAAAUGGUUGGCUUAGUUCAAGACUGGGAAUGGGUUAAAGGAUUGAACUUCACUUACCUCAUUGAGGCCAGAGCCUGCAGCAUGCUGUCUUCGUUCAUGAUAUUGAUUAAUUUGUAUUGUAAAUAUGAUGUAUUGCCACUUUUGAAAAAAGAGAAUUGAUCAUCAAGACAAUUUAUUGGAACGAAUGUGACUUCUCAUUAAGUUCUGUUAAUGGUACUCCAUUAAGAUUGAGAAAAGUCCAUUUUAUAACUGACAAAGCUAUGGGAUUCUGAGGUACAAGGAAAUGUACAACCCACUGCAUUUGAAUGGGGACUGAAGAUCUUUGCAUAUCUGUAAGAAAAGUGCAAUACAACUUCCACUGAUUCCAUUAGCUAAUACAUGGUAGGUCACACUGAACUCGGUGUUGGGUUAUCUUGUUAUUUUGAUUUUCAUUGUCCUCCUUUGGUAACGUGUGCAAUGUUUUUGGUGCAGGUGACACCAGUUCAUGUAAAUUAUGUCAUGGUUUCUGCUUCCAAUUUAUAAAUAUGAAGUGUUAGAGAACCAUGUGCACACUUAUUGAGAAUUACUUUCAUGUACCUAUUUUGUGUGCCAUUCCAAGGAUAGCAGUAAAAACUUUACAGCAGAAAAAAAAUUACGAAGAAAUGUUUGUACAGGGUUGUAUAAUCUGAAAUUGAACGUUUUGAACCAGAUUUUCUAUUUUUGUUUUCACAAUCUUAGUCCACAUUAAUGUGUAAAAUAAACCAUGGAAUAGAAACUUAUUUUCUUUUUAGAAGAACAUCAGAGCCAGGAACAGGAGUGGGCCAUCUGGCCCCUCGAGCCUGCUCUGCCAUUUAAUAAGAUCAUGGCUGAUCUUUUUGAGACUCAGCUACACCUACCCACCCGCUCACCAUAACCCUUCAUUCCUUUACUGUUCAAAAAUGUAUCUAGCCUUGCCUUAAAAACAUUCAGCGAGGUAGCUUCAACUGCUUCACUGGGCAUGGAAUUCCGCAGAUUCACAACCCUUUGGGUGAAGAAGUUCCUCCUGACCUCAGUCCUACAUCUGCUUCCCUUCAUUUUGAGGCGAUGCCCUCUAAGCUAACAUUUUAACAUUCUUGUUAAACUCAGCAGUGUUAUAACCCUUCCAUUGAUCAUUCAUUAAUUAAAAAUAUCGUUUGUCGAAAAGGAAUACUUACCAAACUGUGACAUCAAACUGCAGCUGUAUGUUAUAUGUCUCUGUAGAUGACCUGACUUUACCCGGUUAGAGAUGCUUCUCAACCAUGGCAGGGAGCAUUCAUUUUAUGAAAGCCAUGUAGCCACUAAGGAAUAAAUAAGAAUAAAAUGGAAAAAGAGUCAUAUCAGACUCAAAACCUUAACUCUAUUUCUCUGUCCAUUGGUGCUGCUAGACCAGGAGUUUCUCCAGCAUUUACUGUUUUUGUCACUAAAGAAUAUUAUUUACUGCCCUGUUGGGGAUUGUCAGUUAUUGUAAUACAGGUGAAGUACAGGAAAAAGGUUCCUUUGACUGUGAAGAAAGGGGUGCAAGAGGUUAGGUAUUUGUAAUAGAAAAGUGCACUUCACAAGGUAUUUUACAAAUGAAUAUAUUUAAAUAGCAACUUUUGAGUAAAAUGUCCCAAAGUGCCCCCUUCACAGAACAAGUAUCAAUUGACAAAGAGUUACAUUAGAUAUUUGGACAGGUGACUAAAAAGGAAGACAGAGAGGUUUAAGAGAAAGUUAGGAAGGUUUUCGCCUAGACAGCAGAAACACGACUGCCAAUGGUACUGAUGAAAGUCAUAGAUAUGUUAGAAAUCAGAAUUUGAGUAAAACAGUGCUCUCUGAGAGUUGCAGGGCUGGAAGUGAUUACAGAGAUAAGGUAAGACAAUGCCAUUGAAUGAUUUAAGCACAUUGUGAGAACUUUAAAUUGAGGUAUUGCUGACUUUGAGAAAAUGUAGGCCAUGAGCAGUGGUGUGUUAAUGGGAUUCUGUGCGCAUGAAGAUACAAGCAGUGCAGUUGAUUGAAUCAGCUGAAAUUUAUGGAAGACUGACCAGGAUAUACUGGAAUAUUUGAGGCCAGAGGGGGGAAAAAAAACGUGGAUGAGGGUUUUAGCAGCAGUUGAGCUGAAGUGACAAUGGAAGUGGAAGUAGACUAGCUUGGUGAUGAAGAGGAUAUGUGAAUGGUAGCUCAGCUUUGUGUCAAAUAGGACGGCAAGGUUGCAAAUAGCGUGGACAAAUCUUUUGUAAUUUAUCCAACAGCAAAUGGCUUAAUCUUAAUAUUUGUCUGAAUGGCCUAUGCUCUAGGUAUGGGAUAUAUGGCCAUUACGGUUUGUUAGGAUAAAGGCUGUUUUAAAGCUUUUCAUUCCCAUCCCCAUUCCACUCAGCGUUAAUUUAUGCAAAUAAAAACUAACAGCAUUGCUGGCCUGGCCAGUGAUGGCCACAUCCUGUGAAGGAUUUUUAAAAAAUUUAUAAAUUAAAGAUGUUUAAAAUCAAACCAGGAGUUGUCAAGAUGUAAAAUUUGAAAAUCUUAUGACCGAGUCAUUAGUUGGAGGUACUCCUAUUGUUUGGUUAUCAUCCUUUCAAACAUGGGCUUAAAGGGGCUUAAGGAAGGGCUCUUCAAAAUGAACUGAACCAGUCCAUCAUCCGUAUAACAAAACUUAACACGUGUGACGAACAGAAGGGCUAUAAUAGAUCAUAGAACCAUACAGCGCAGAACAGGCCCUUCAGCCCUCGAUGUUGCGCCGACCUGUGAACUAAUCUAAGCCCCUCACCCUACACUAUCCCAUCAUCAUCCAUAUGCUUAUCCAAGGACUGUUUAAAUGCCCCUAAUGAGUUAACUACAUUGGCAGGCAGGGUGUCCCACGCCCUUAGCACUCUCUGAGUAAAGAACCUGCCUCUGACAUCUGUCUUAUAAUGUUUUGAUUUCAUUUGUUUGUCAGGUUUUCUUAUGAAAUACUGUGCAGUACGUAUCUUAUCAGCAGCUUUGAAAUUGCAACAGCCAUUUUCAUCAUGUAAACAUAAAACCAUUUUUAUCAUAGUUCUAGCCCAGAUAGUGUAACACCAAUCAAAUGGGUGAGUAGCAAAUAAAAUUAUUAUACCGGUAAUAGGUGCAAUUUUUUUAAGGCUGCUUUGGCAUGUAGUGAAUAGAUGGAACUGUUGGAGCAAUCUUCCUUGAUGAGGAAACACCUAGAGUCAUUGAGUCAUGCAGGCUGGAAACAGGUCCUUUUCCCAACUAGCUCAUUUCGACCAUGAUCCGAAAUUAAAUUAGUCCCAUUUUUCUGCAUUUGGUCCAUAUCCCUCCAAAGCUUUCCUAUUCAUGUACUUAUCCAGAUUUAUUUUAAAUGUUGUAACUGUACUUGCACCUGCUGCUUCUUCUCACAGUUCUUUCCACACAUGAAAAACACUCCAUUAAUAAAAUGUUGCCCCUCCAGUGCUUUGUUAAAACUUCCUCCUCUCACCUUAAAAAUGUGCCCCCUAGUUUUGAACUCCCUCAUCCGAGGGAAAAGGUCCUUGCUAUCCACCUUAUCUAUACCCCUCGUGAUUUUAUAAAUCUCUAUAAGGUCACCCCUCAACCUCCUAUAUUCCAGUGAAGAAUGUCCCAGCCUAUUUUUAUAACUCAAACUCUCCACUCCUGGCAACAUUCUGGUAAAUCUUUUCUGAACCCUCUCCAAUAUAUUUUGUUUUGUAACUUUGGUUGGCAGCUCUCCAGAGCUGAAAAUGAACUGAAUUAUCCAUGCCACACUUGCUGCCUAAGCUAAUUACUUCUAGCAUCUGCAGUGUUUUGCAUUUUACGUAUGUUUGCUGACCUGGCAACAGCUUAUUAUAGUAAUGACUUGAUAAAGUGGACUUGGAUAUGCACUGAAGUUAUUCUCCUUCUAGUAGGCACAUCCACAUAUUGAAUAAGAAACUUUUCUUGUAUGCACUUAAGAAAUUCAUCCCCAUCCAAGGCCUAAACACUGACAGGCCCAGUCUACAUUAGGAAAAUUAAAAUCUCCUACCAUUACAAUUAUCUUUACAGAUAUCUGAAAUCUCCCUAUAUAUUUGCUUCUCAAUUUCCUGCUGACUAUUAGGGGUUUAUAAUACAAUCCCAACAACAUCCCUUCCUUAUUUCUCAUAUAACUUCACUGGACGAUUUCCCAGGAAUAUCUUCCCGAAGUACAGCCAUAAUGUUAUUCCUAACCAAAAACGCCCCUCCCCCUCUUCUCUUGCCUCCCUUCUAUCCUUUCUAUAGCAUCUAUACCCCGGAACAUUAAGCUGUCAGUUCUAAGCCACAUUUCUGUAAUAGCUGUGAUAUCCCAGACCAAUGUUCCCAACCAUGUCCUAAGUUCAUCUGCCUUAUCAUAGAUCAUAGAAUCUCUACAGUGUGGAAACACGCCCUCGGCCUAACAAGUCCACACUGCCCCUUGGAGCAUCCCACCUAGACCCAUCCCCCUAUAACCCACUUAAGCUACACAUCCUUGGACACUAUGGGCAAUUUAGCAUGGUGAAUCCACUUAUUCUGUAUAUCUUUGCAUUGUGGGAGGAAACCGGAGCACUUGGAUGAAACAGACGCAGACACACGAAGAAUAAUGCAAACUCCACACAGACGGUUGCCCGAGGAUAGAAUCGAACCUGUGUCCCUGGUACUGUGAGGCAGUAGUGCUAGCCACUGUGCUGCCCUGCAAAUUUGUCAGGCCUCUUGCAUUGAAAUAAAUGCAGUAUAAUUUAUCAGCCUUAGCUCAUUCUCUGCUAAGCUCUUGUCUGUCUUGACUAUUUGACUUGCUCCCCUUAUCUGCCUCCGCCUCUUCUCUUGUAUUGCUUUGGUUCCCCCCUACUAGUUUAAAGCCUCCCAAGUAGCAUUGGCAAAUCUCCCCAGAAGGAAAUUGGUCCCCUUCCAGUUCAGGUGGAACUCGUCCCUCUCAUACAGGUCAUUUCUACCUCUGAAGAGAUCCCAAUGGUCCAAAAAUGUGACUCUUUGUCCAUUGCACUAGGUCCUCAGCCACACAUUCAUCUGCUCUAUCCUAUUUCUCCUGCCAAUAGCACAUGGCAUCAGUAGUAGAUUAGAUUACAUUCCUGACAGUGUGGAAACACGCCCUUCGGCCCAACAAGUCCACACCGCCCCUUGGAGCAUCCCACCCAAACCCAUACCCCUAGAACCCACACACCCCUGAACACUAUGGGCAAUUUAGCAUGGCCGAUCCACCUAGCCUGCACAUCUUUGGACUGUGGGAGGAAACCCAUGCAGACACGGGGAGAAUGUGCAAACUCCACACAGACAGACACCCUGAGGCUGGAAUCAAACCCGGGUCUUUGGUGCUGUGAGGCUGCAGUGCUAACCACUGAGCCACUGUGCCACUCUCUAGAACCUACUUUGUAGCCUCCUGCCUAGUUUCCUAUAUUCUUUCUUCCAAACCGCUUCUCUUUCCUUCCUGCGUACCAAUGAUAACCUCCUGCCAGUCACUUCCUGUUUCAGAAUAUUCUGCAUCCUCUCUGAGACAUCCUUGACUCUGGUAUCAGGGAGGCAACAUACUAUCCUGAUGUCUCACAGAUGGCCGCAGAAGUGUCUGUCUUUGCCUCAGACUAUAGAGUCUUCUAUUGCAAUCAAUAGCUUGGAACCUGACAUACCCCUCAUUAUUGUACAGCCAGUCACAGGGCCAGAAACAUGGCUGUCAGUGCUAUACUUCCUUGAGAGGCCAUCCCCCUACAGUGUCCAAAACAGCAUAGGUGUUUGAGAUGGGGUUAGCCACAGGAGACUCCUGUAUUACCUUCCGACCUCCCCUAACAUUCCUAGCAAUCAACCUGACGGCAUCUGAUGUGUUUCCUGAAACUACCAUCCAUCAUUGCUCCACUGAUUCAUGCGGUCUGAUAGGAUUCAUAACCAAACAAACUCCCUGCAGGCAUAUUCUCCAGGAAUAUUCAAAAUCUCCCUGAUCUCUCACAUCAUCCCACUAAAGCCAUUUUUGCCCCUUUAACAAUCUACAGAACCAGAAAUUACCUAAAAACAAACAGAAAACCUCUUUGAUCAAAAAUACAGCAUUACCACAGUCUUACUGAUCAAAGACACUGCUCUGGGAUAACUUUAUACUAAUCCUUAACAUUAAGUGUCAAUCAAGCGAGAUCACAGUAUAAAUGUAAGGAUAAAAAGUUCCCUGACCUUACUAUUAUAGAUUUACAAAAAAAAUAAGAUUUAGAAGCUUUAUAAGUGUUAAAAUCAAACACGUGGCUGCUCAGGCUCGAAAACCAAAGAUAGUCCUCCUCUCCUGUAGUUUCAAGCAAUGAUUUUUUUUCCUAAAUCACUGAUAUCUCUAAAGCUGCAUCUGAAGAUACUGUAUUCCGCCUCGCACAUCAAUUAUGAAACUUCUUUUCUUGUUUGUUAUUCAAGUGAAAUAUGAUAUUUGGAGCCUUUAUGCAACUUUUCACUUGUUAGCUGCUUCAUGAAAGGCUAACUCCAAGCUUUGUGAAAUUCCUUAGUCUUCCAACCUUGCCAAAGAGAUUUGUUUCAUUUGUUCAUACGUGCAGGCAGCACAGGCCAGGCUAGCAUUUAUUGCCUAAUCCUAACUGCUCUUGAGAAGAUUAUGAAAAUCUGUCUCCUAGAACUGUUGCAGUCCUUUGAAUGUAGGGAUAUCCACAGCCUAUUAGGGAAUUCCAGGAUUUUGACCCAACAACAAUGAAGGGGAUACAUAUCCAAGUUAGCAUGGUGAGUGUGUGGAAUGGAAAUUGCAGUUGGUAGUUCUCCCAAACAUCUCUUUUGCCCUUGGCUUUCUGGGUAGUAGAGAUCACAGGUUUUGGAAGAUGCCGUUGAGGAAGCCUUCAUAGUUGCUGCAGUACACCUUGCAGAUGGUACACACUACUGCCACUGUUGGCUGGUGGUGAAGGUAUUGAAUGUUGACGGUAGUGGAUGGGUUGUCAAUCAAGUCGGCGGCUUUGUCCUGUAAUGUGUUGAACUUCAUGAAUUUCAUUGGAGCUGCAGCCAUCCAAGCAAGUGGGGAAUAUUCUAUCACACUCCUUUCCUGUGCCAUUGGAGACAGUGGACAGGUUUUGUGGUGUUAGGAAGUGAGUUAUUUGCUACUUGCCUCCGGCAUGCUGUGUAUGCACAGUAUUUCAGUGGCUAGUCCAAUUCAGUUUCUGGUCAAUUGUAAUCCCAAGAGUAUUGUUAGUGUGGGUUUCAGCAAAUGUGAUGCCAUUGAAAGUCGAGGGAGGUGGUUAGAUUCCCUUUUGUUCUUACACUGCUGAUUAUUAGAUUUAAUUUUCCAUGGUAAGUUUAAUGGAUCACAAAUGUCCAAGUACAGCAUAAUAAUUACAGGCAGAUUUUGCAAGGCUUUUUGCAAUUAUCUUUUCUCCGUCACAUGUUGAUGACUAAUUUGCACUUUAUAGUAAGCAUCAUUCAUGUAUUUUUCCAGCUGAUCCAUUCCCAUGCUGAUGCUAUCCUUUAUUGUUUAUACACAUUUUUCUUUAGAUUAAAUAUUAACCUUGUCUCUCUCAUUGAGUUAAACUUUUGGCGAGAUUUUUCUUUUCCCAAAGCAACAUAAUUCUGUUUAAAUCUAUUGGUCUUCCCAUUAAAUAAUGCACUCCUGUUUUA